AUGAUCGUCCCGUCCGAAUCUAUCCUUUUUGCCGAUGAACUGCCGAUUCUAGACUGUCUGGCAGGUGAGAAGACGUGCAUUCCAUUCCCCGUUUUCUACCGUAGUCAUCACAAAUGCGUCGGUUAUUUGCGGUCCUCCUAUCCGAUUUCCCCACCUUCGUCUCCCUUUCUCAGAAAAACAUAACAAGUAGCAGGAGGAAUUGGUAAUGAUUUGCCAAAUGAUAUGCAAACAGUGGAGCCGAGCCCCGAGACCCGAGCUCGCCGCCGAUCGCUCACUCGUUUUUUGUUCAAAACUUUUUCGUUUUCAGCUGAGCUGUCGAGCGGUGCGGCCAGUAUGCUGUCCGCACCCGAAUCACGGCGGGUCAGCCGAUCCAUGAGUGUGAAGGGUGAGCCCCGAAUCCACGUGUCAGUCCAUCCAUUGAUGCUAUUCAGGUCCCACAGCAGCCGCCGAGUACAUGCCCUUGCCGGCAGUCGAUAAACCGCUCACUCUGACCGUUUCCAACUCGCACAGCAUUGACCCGAACGAGCCGAUCGCAGCUCUCGGAGGGCUCACUCCGACCAAAGAGGGCCGAGUGGCGGCGUUGAGAAGGAGGAGUUCGAUGGUCAGAGACAAAUGGGCGACCAAAAUGGAGUUCCUGCUCGCGGUCAUUGGGUACGCAGUCGAUCUGGGCAACAUUUGGAGGUGAUCAGUCGUCUGAAGUUCUCGCAGUUCCCAACGUCUUCGUUCAGAUUCCCAUCGGUCUGCUACAAGCACGGCGGCGGCGCAUUUCUCAUUCCGUACUUCAUAAUGCUCAUGGUCGGCGGACUGCCCAUGUUUUAUAUGGAACUCGUACUCGGACAGUUCCACCGAUCCGGCUGCAUCAGCAUUUGGAGAAAAGUGUGUCCUCUCUUCCGAGGUAUUCAAUUGAUAACAUUUGUUUUCAACUAGGGUUGGCCGGCUCAGGCCUUUUGAGGUCUGAACUUUUUGCAAAGUUUAAAUAUGAUCGGAUUAUUGCCACCUGAAAAAGCCUGUGCCGACCUUCUUUCCAGCCCACCAACUCAUCGCAUCUUCCAGGCAUUGGCUACGGUAUCUGUUGCAUUUGCACAUUCAUCGCCAUCUUUUACAAUGCGAUCAUCGCUCAAGCAGUUUAUUUCGCCGUCGUUUCUCUUUCGGUAGCUUUCCAAAUGUUGCUCCGUUUACACUUUUCACAAUUUCUAGAAAAUAUGGGAUUCUCAAGUUCCGUGGGCAACGUGCAACAAUCCGUGGAACACCCCGAGAUGUUCAGACGACCUCAACGUGACCAUGUCUCGGAACGGAACCCGUCUCAGCACGCCCUCGGAGGAAUACUACCUGUACAACGUGCUUGAAGUGCACAAGUCAACCGGAUUCGACGAUCUCGGGGGCGUCAAGACCUCCAUGGCCGUCUGUCUCCUUUCUGUCUUCACAAUGGUUUACUUCGCUCUCUGGAAGGGCCCACAGUCGUCCGGAAAGAUUGUCUGGGUGACUGCGACUGCUCCGUACUUCAUUCUGAGCAUCCUCCUCGUCCGAGGACUACUUCUCCCUGGCGCGCAGAACGGUCUCUACUACUACAUUACUCCGGACUUUGAAAAGUUGAAAGAUCCCGCGGUAAGAGUGAAUAAAGAGUUAUGGCUGGAAGCAAUAAAACUAUAGGUUUGGUCGGCGGCAGCCACUCAGAUCUUCUUCUCCCUCGGCCCCGGAUUCGGAGUCCUCCUCGCCCUGAGCAGUUACAACGACUUCAACAACAACUGCUACCGGUAACUUUGUCUCCCUUCCUCUCUCACUUCCGCCCUUCCCUCUCCGUUUUAGAGAUGCCGUCACCACUUCAAUCAUCAACUGUGCCACGUCUUUCUUCUCCGGAUGCGUUGUAUUCUCGACCCUCGGAUACAUGUCCCUGCUCACCAAUCGUCCGAUAAACGAAGUUCGCUCCGUACCACCUUUCUUUCCGAUCCUACUCUCGUUCAGGUCGUUGGAGAACACGACGCCUCGCUCAUCUUUAUAGUUUACCCGCAAGCUCUCGCCACAAUGGAUUACAGUUGUUUCUGGUCUCUCAUCUUUUUCAUAAUGCUCAUCACUCUCGGAAUCGAUUCUACAUUUGCUGGUAUCGAGGCGCUCAUCACUGGAUUCUGUGACGAGUCGCGAUUCCUGACAAAGAACAGAAAGUGGUUCGUGCUUGCCGUCUGCGUUCUCUACUACUUCCUCAGUUUCCCCGCCAUCAGCUACGUAAGUCGCUGCCUCUUUUUCCGAAAACAUUCAUUGCAUUCAUUUCCAGGGCGGUCAGUUCGUAAUUCCUUUCCUCGACGAUUACGGAGUUUCGCUUUCCGUUCUUUUCAUUGUCACUUGCGAAAUGAUUGCUGUCUGCUGGUUCUACGGAAUAGAUCAAUUCUCGAAAGACAUCCGCGCCAUGCUGGGCUUUUAUCCCGGAAUAUACUGGAGAGUCUGCUGGACGUGCUCGCCCGUCUUCAUCAGCGUAAGUCAUGGAAUUCAGAACUGUUCUGUCCAACGCACUCAUUCGACAGGUGAUCUUCGUGAUGACCGUCUACAACAGUUCGUUCAAACCCAUCCAAAUGGCCGCCUACACGUUCCCCUGGUGGAGUGUCCUCCUCGGUAACCCAUUCUUCCUUUCCUUCCCAAUUCCCUCUUUCACAGGCUGGUUCCUCCGCCUCAUCUCCGUGCUCGCCAUUCCCGGUUUUGCCAUCAUCUACCUUCUCAGUGGCACCGGAUCCCUUUCGGAACGAUUCCGAUGGGCAAUCACUCCCCAGCAACGCCGACAUUCCGCCACGUCUCUCGCCGCCGAUCCCACCCAGAUAAUCGACAGUUCACUGCUCGACCCCGUUCACACUCUCACUCCUGUCUGA